AUGGAUCAAUCGGAGCCCCCGAGGCCUGUCUUUCACAACUACCUGCGCGCCUUUUACCCUUUUCACCCGGCCGGAAAUGUCUCCCCUUCGACCGUUACUCUUCCGCUGGAUCAAGGAGACAUCGUCUUGGUUCACUCUGUUCACACCAAUGGCUGGGCCGAUGGUACCCUAUUAGAUUCCGGGAAUCGAGGCUGGCUACCCACGAAUUAUUGCGAAGCAUACGACCAAUUGCCCAUGCGCCCUUUGCUCAAGGCCUUGACUGAUUUCUGGGACAUCAUUCGAGGAGGAUGCGGGUCAUCAUUGAAGGAUUUUGGAAACCAAGAUUUGAUGAGAGGCCCUAUCGCUGGCGUUCGGUUUCUUUUGGAAAAGUCAGAAUGUCUCACGAGAGAAUCGCCCCUGGUAAGGAGAUUCGAUGGACUGCGAAGGAUCCGGAAGGCAUUGCUCUCUGAUUUGUCUUCGCUGGUGAAAACUGCGAAGAAGUUUCAGGAAAUUGCCAACGGGACACCGUCGGAUGAUGAGGUCGAGGGAAUUUUGGAUGAAAUGCUUCUGAAGGCUUUCAAGAUCGUCACCCGCGGGGUUCGAUUCCUCGACGUCUGGAAUGAAGAGGUUGGCUUGAGCAGGACUAUUGCUGAGUUGGAAUCAAACGAGCCCCGAGGCCAAUACGACAUGCCACCCACGCCGGCUUCCGAGAGCUUCUCUUGCGAAACAGAAGGCCCUGAACGCAACGAGUCACGAAUGAUGGAAUCACGAAUGGAAUCACGCAUGGAGUCGCGUAUGAUGGAGUCGCCACGCAUGAGCCGCAGCCGUAUGGACAUGAGCCGGGCAUCAAUUCGAACCGAAUCAUUUGAUCACCCACCUCGACCAGUGUCCGUUGCCACGAAGCGAGUUUCUGUCUCUCAUCGCAUGUCAUUCUCCAAUCCUUCUGCAUCUAUCCGCGCUCAGAACCUGGCAUCAGAGCGUCUCGGAACCACAUAUGAUGCGUUCCUUGGAGUGCUUGGGUCGUUCAUUGGACUUCACAUGCAGUCUCGUUCAUCAACGGAGCUGGUUGUCACCACUCAGCAGGCUGUGCAAUCCUGCCGGGCUUUGCUUAACGUAGUUGAGUCAGUCUGCGAGCAUGAUACCCAGCGUAGUGUGCUCCUAGACCAGGCCCGCGAGGAAAUGUGCGAGAAGUUGUCUGAGCUUGUCCACGCUGCGCGCGACGUGUUUCGUCCAGCUCAUUCCUCUGACGACGAUCUGGUCUUCAUGCCAGAUGAAGGCAAACGCCUUGUUGACGCUGCCACAGACUGUGUCCGAGCUGCUGGUAACUGUUUGGCGAAGGCUCGCCUGGUGCUUGAGCAAAUUGGGGACAUUGAACUUGACCCUGAGAACACAGAGAUUCAGUCUUUAGAACAAAAACCAGAAGAACGACAGGAAAUCUCCCUUCGUCUUCCCCCUCCUCCUCUUCAGAUCCCCAGCACCACCUACUCUCCCCCUACCCCUGCUCUUACCGACGCCACUACUCCGUCUUCCUUCCAAUCUCAUAUCACCAACAGUCCCGCCAACCUCUCCGCCUUGUCUUCUCUACCUAACUCUGCCAUCCUUCCCACUCAUCCCGAGAAUAUGGCUUCCUUCUCAUCCGCCGACAGUGGAUAUCCUGAAAGCCAUGGCAAGUCUGAGAUGACCGAAUCAUUUGGCCGCGGUGUGACAAGCAAUGGCAGCAGCUUCACAUACAACAGCCAUGCACGUGACUCAGAGAUGAGUGGUGUUUCUCAGACGUCCACCCGGGCUACCUCGCCUGAUAUCGGUGGUAGCUUCCCAGGAAGCUUCCAUGGCCCCUCGCUAAAGGAAAGUGUCAGCCGUUCGACUCUCGCCGAGGAGAAUGAGGAGACGGAGGCUCAUCUCCUGGAGAAGACCUACGCCCACGAGCUAAUCUACAAGGAGGGAUCGGUGAUGGGUGGUAGCCUUCGCGCUCUCAUUGAGAAGCUCACUGCUCACCAGUCCACCCCCGAUGCCAUGUUCGUCUCAACAUUCUACCUCACCUUCCGUCUCUUCGCCACGCCCAUUGAAUUCGCUGAGGCUCUCGCUGAACGAUUCGAGUACAUCGGUGAUACUCCCCACGCUGCUGGACCCGUCCGCCUGCGUGUUUACAACAUCUUCAAGGGCUGGCUGGAGUCGCACUGGCGCCACGACCGUGACAACAUCGCCCUGGAUUUCAUUCUCCACUUUGCCAAGACGAGACUGGUUGCUGAUCUGCCCACUGCUGGCAAGCGACUGAUUGACUUGGGAGAGAAGGUGUCCGCAGUUCACGGCCCUGUUGUGCCUCGCCUGGUUUCAUCCAUCGGCAAGACCAACACUUCAAUUGCAUCAUACAUCCACCCCGAUACUCCUCUGCCUCCUCCUAUCCUCAGCAAGAAGGAGACCAACCUUCUCAAGCAGUGGAAGAACAACGAAGCCUCGAUUAGCAUCCUUGACUUUGACCCUCUCGAGCUCGCUCGGCAGUUGACUAUUAAGGAGUCCCGCAUCUUCUGUUCAAUUCUCCCAGAGGAACUCCUCGACACGGAAUGGACCCGGAAGUCCGGCUCACUGGCUGUCAAUGUUCGCGCCAUGUCCACUUUGUCGACCGAUCUCGCCCACCUGGUUGCUGACUCCAUCUUGAAUCUUGAGGAGCCCAAGAAGCGUGCUGCCACCAUCAAGCACUGGGUUAAGACUGCCAACAAGUGUCUCGAGUUGAACAACUACGACUCACUCAUGGCCAUCAUCUGCUCAUUGAACUUGUCAAUGAUCUCCCGGCUCAAGAAGACAUGGGACAUUGUUUCCCAGAAGACCAAGACGACUCUCGAGAACCUUCGCAGCAUCGUCGACGUCUCUCGCAACUACGCCGUGCUUCGUCAACGCCUCCAGAACCACGUGCCUCCCUGUCUGCCCUUCGUCGGUACUUACCUGACCGACCUCACCUUCGUCGACCACGGCAACCAGUCGCUUCGCACCCUGUCUACCGAUGAUAGCGAGAUGGCAGUGAUCAACUUCGACAAGCAUAUGAAGACCGCCCGCAUCAUCAGCGAGCUCCAACGCUUCCAGAUUCCCUACCGCCUGACCGAAGUCCCCGAACUCCAGGCUUGGUUGCAGAACGAGCUUGUGCGCGUACGCUCCAACGGCGAAAUCACCGCCCAAACCUUCUACCGCCGCUCCCUGGUCCUCGAGCCCAGAGAAGCAUCUCGCAGCGGAAACACCCUCCAGUCGCAGACAUCCGACUACAAUCCCUCACUUCUCGACAAUGCCAAAGACAAGUUCGACUUCCUCUCCUGGACCAACCAGUCCAAGGCAAAGUCCGUCCCAACGCAUGGUUAA